AUGAGAUCAGGAGGUUGCGCAGGGCAACAGGCUCUCACUGCAGAGGCUGCAGGGGUCAUUAAACAAGCCAUAGUUCUCGCUAGAAGGCGUGGCCAUGCCCAAGUGACUCCUCUGCAUGUAGCCAACACCAUGCUUGGCUUUUCAACAGGCCUUCUUCGAACGGCCUGUCUUCAAUCCCACUCUCACCCCCUCCAGUGCAAAGCCCUAGAGCUUUGCUUCAAUGUUGCACUCAAUAGACUUCCAAACUCCUAUUCAUCGACCCCUAUUUUGGGUCCUCAUUCCCAACACCCAUCAAUUUCCAAUGCGCUUGUGGCCGCCUUCAAACGGGCUCAAGCUCACCAGCGCCGUGGCUCUAUAGAGAAUCUGCAGCAACCCAUUUUAGCUGUGAAGAUAGAGCUAGAACAGCUCAUAAUCUCUAUCUUGGAUGAUCCUAGUGUAAGUAGAGUCAUGAGAGAAGCUGGUUUUUCAAGUACCCAAGUGAAAAGUAAUGUAGAACAAGCUGCUGUCUCUUUGGAACUAUGCUCUCAAACACCUCCUCCAAGUAUUAACUCCAAGGAAAGUAACCUUCUAACCCUGUCCCCUUCUCCUCCCACAGGUCAAAUUGGAGUAAAACUAAGCAAACCAAAGGCAUUUAAUCAAGCUAGUAAUGAUGAUGUGAUGAGUGUAAUAGAAAAUUUGAUGAACAGGAGGAGGAAAAGUCUUGUCAUUGUUGGUGAAUGUCUUGCAGAUGUAGAAGUUGUAGUAGGAGGGGUGAUGGAUAGGGUUGAGAAAAGAGAUGUUCCUGAGCCUUUCAGGGAAGUGAUGUUUAAAAGCCUUUCUCUUUCUUCUUUUGAUCAUCUCUCUAGAGAAGAUGUUGAACAAGAGCUUGGAGAGUUAAGAAGUUUUGUGAAUAACUUUGUGGACAAAGGGGUUGUUCUGUACUUGGGAGAUCUCAAAUGGAUUUCGGAGUAUAGGGCUAGUGGUGGAGGGCAAGAGAGAAGACACUACUGUCCGGUGGAGCACAUGAUCAUGGAGCUUGGAACAAUGGUUAGUGGAUUUGGAGAGAAAGGAAGGUUCUGGCUCAUGGGAAUUGCAACCUAUCAAACCUACAUGAGGUGUAGAACUGGUCACUAUUCACUUGAAACUUUUUGGGGUCUACACCCAGUGACGAUUCCUGCAGACAGUUUGGGAUUGAGCCUCAUGAUUGACAGUGACACACAAAGCGAAGAUAGAAGAACCAAGAAAACUGGAAAUGGGCCUAGUUGGCUACUAUAUGAAGGUGGACAGGAGAAGCAGAAGCUCAGUUGCUGUGCUCGUUGCUCAGCCAGUUUCGAAUCCGAGGCUCGAAGCUUACAAAGCAGCACUUGCAACAGUGAGUCCACAAUGUCAAGCCUGCCUUCAUGGCUCCAUGUUGAGAACAAGAGGCCUACUACUAAUGAUGAUGAUCAGGAUUCUGUAUCGAUUAUAGAACUGUGCAAAAAAUGGAAUUCAAUCUGCAGUUCAGUCCACAAACAACCCCAAUCCUCUGAGAAAAUCAUAAACUUCUCUUCCCUACCACCUUCUUCAUCUACCUCUUGCUUUUCAUAUGACACACAAUGGCCUAACUUGGACCAGACCAAACAAGCUUGGCCAAUGUCUGAACCCAAACACCCAUGGAAAGACUCUCAAUUUUGGACUACUUCUAUUGAUAGAACACGGGAACCAAGUUUGAGAAUGUACUUUCCUGAUCCUGACUGCCCUGAUUAUCUCAAGCAAGCACUUUGCUCUAAUCCUAAUUCCACAAUCAAUUCAGCUUCUUCAGACGACGUCGUGGUGGUGGUCGGGGCUGAGGCUGAGUACGUUCAAAGAUUCAAGGAGUUCAAUGCCGAGAAUCUGAAUACCCUGUGCAAUGCAUUGGAGAAAAAGGUGCCAUGGCAGAAAGAUAUCAUUCCUGAAAUUGUCGGCAGUAUACUACAAUGCAGGUCUGGAAUGUUAAGAAGGAAAGACAAGCUUAGAAAUAGUGAAGCCAAAGAAGAGACUUGGUUGUUCUUCCAAGGUGUUGAUGUGCAAGCCAAAGCUAGAAUUUCCAGGGAAUUGGCUAAAGUUGUGUUCGGUUCGCAUUCAAACUUUGUGUCAAUUUCUCUCAGCAGCUUCUCAUCUACAAGGGCUGAUUCAACUGAAGAUUUCCAAAGUAAAAGGUCCAGAGGUGAACAAAGUUGCAGUUAUAUUGAGAGAUUUGCAGAAGCGGUGUCCUCUAAUCCUCAUCGGGUGUUCUUGGUUGAAGACGUAGAGCAAGCAGACUAUUGCUCGCAAAUGGGUAUUAAAAGGGCAAUUGAAAGAGGAAGAAUAAGAAAUUCUAAUGGUGAAGAAGUGAGUCUUUCAGAUGCCAUUGUCAUUUUGAGCUGCGAAAGCUUCAGCUCUAAGUCAAGAGCCUGUUCUUCUCCUGUUAAGCAGAAAUCAGAAGUGUCACAAGAGGAGAGAUGUGCUGGUCUGAGAGAUACUAACACUUGUUUGUCUUUGGAUUUGAAUAUUUCAUUUGAUGAUCAUAGUGCUGAGGAUCGGNUCCUCCUGUUAAGCAGAAAUCAGAAGUGUCACAAGAGGAGAGAUGUGCUGGUCUGAGAGAUACUAACCCUUGUUUGUCUUUGGAUUUGAAUAUUUCAUUUGAUGAUCAUAGUGCUGAGGAUCGGUCAAUCGACAAUAUGGGGCUUCUUGAAUAUGUGGAUAGAUGUAUUACCUUAAAAAUCCAAGAGUAGUAAUCAAAGAGAACCUUCGAGCCAUUUGUUUUUUUUUUUUCUUGGAUUUGAGUCCUCUUUUUUCUUUUGUCUGAUGUCUGUUUCUUUAUAUAGUCUUCUGGUUCUAGCUCUUAAACAAGCACUAUAUAGAUCAAGAUGCUGAA